AUGGCGGCGGGUGGGAGCGGCGGCCGCGCGUCGUGUCCGCCGGGGGUCGGUGCAGGCGCCGGGAGCCCGGGUCCCAGCGCCAACGCCGCCGCCGCCCCCGGCAACGCGGCCGCCGCCGCUGCUGCCGCCGCCUCCGCCGCCGCCGCCCCGGGCCCCCCGGCGGGCGCGGGUUCGGGCCCCGGGGCCGGGCCGGGCGUGCAGGCCGCGGCGGGCGGGGAGCGCGCGGAGGAGCCGGGCGCCGGGGCGCUGCUGCGGGAGCCCGUGUACAACUGGCAGGCCACCAAGCCCACGGUGCAGGAGCGCUUCGCCUUCCUCUUCAACAACGAGGUGCUGUGCGACGUGCACUUCCUGGUGGGCAAGGGGCUCAGCUCGCAGCGCAUCCCCGCGCACAGGUUCGUGUUGGCUGUGGGCAGUGCCGUCUUCGAUGCCAUGUUCAACGGCGGCAUGGCUACCACCUCUACAGAGAUUGAGCUGCCCGACGUGGAACCUGCCGCCUUCUUGGCACUGCUCAAGUUCCUCUACUCGGAUGAGGUCCAGAUCGGACCUGAGACCGUCAUGACCACGCUGUACACGGCCAAGAAGUAUGCGGUGCCGGCGCUAGAGGCGCAUUGUGUGGAGUUCCUGAAGAAGAACCUGCGUGCGGACAACGCCUUCAUGCUGCUCACACAGGCACGCCUCUUUGACGAACCACAGCUCGCCAGCCUGUGUCUGGAGAACAUUGACAAGAACACAUCAGAUGCUAUCACCGCAGAGGGCUUCACUGACAUUGACCUGGACACUUUGGUCGCUGUCCUGGAGCGGGACACGCUGGGCAUCCGGGAGGUGCGGCUCUUCAAUGCUGUGGUCCGCUGGGCUGACGCCGAGUGCCAGCGGCAGCAGCUGCAGGUCACGCCUGAGCACAAGCGGAAGGUGCUGGGCAAGGCGCUGGCCCUCAUCCGCUUCCCACUGAUGACCAUUGAGGAGUUUGCUGCCGGCCCUGCGCAGUCGGGCAUCCUGGUGGACCGAGAGGUGGUCAGCCUCUUCCUGCACUUCACCGUCAAUCCCAAGCCGCGCGUGGACUUCAUUGACCGUCCUCGCUGCUGCCUGCGGGGGAAGGAGUGUUGCAUCAACCGCUUCCAGCAGGUGGAGAGCCGCUGGGGCUACAGCGGGACCAGCGACCGCAUCAGGUUCUCCGUCAACAAGCGCAUCUUUGUGGUGGGUUUUGGGCUUUAUGGCUCCAUCCACGGCCCCACCGAUUACCAAGUGAACAUCCAGAUCAUCCACACGGACAGCAACACGGUCCUGGGCCAGAAUGACACGGGCUUCAGCUGUGACGGCUCUGCUAGCACCUUCCGAGUCAUGUUCAAGGAGCCGGUGGAAGUGUUGCCCAACGUCAACUACACGGCCUGCGCCACGCUCAAGGGCCCAGACUCACACUACGGCACCAAGGGCCUGCGCAAGGUGACCCACGAGUCGCCCACCACCGGGGCCAAGACGUGCUUCACCUUCUGCUAUGCGGCCGGGAACAACAACGGCACGUCGGUGGAGGACGGGCAGGUGCCCGAGGUCAUCUUCUACACCUAGGCCAGGCCGCCCGCUCGGAGUUCCCUGCCCCCCAGCUGCCCAUCUCUGGAGCCGGCGCCCAUGCCCAGCUGUCCUGGAGAGGUUGAGGCCGUUUCCGGGGCAUGCACGCUGGGACCCAAGGGCCAGGAAAGGCCCCGCCCCAUCCAGCCCCCCUGGAUGGGCCCUGCAGCUGCGGGGAGGAGGGUCUGCCUCAGGUGGUCUGGCAUGCUGCAGACCGCCCCCCUGUACAUAGCUGUCCCCGACCCUGAGAGCUCCCCAGAGUGCUCUGACCACACUCCCAGCCCUCAGUCCCAGCGCUUUCCUGGAACCAGUGCCCCCCCCCCCCAAAGCCAUGGAAAUCGCACCCUGCACCCAUCUCAAAGGAUUUUUUUAAAUAAAGGCAAGAAACCGAA